AUGCUGUCGCAUACACGACGCGUUUGGGUAGCAGGCUGCUCCGUGCUCGCCUUGACGGUUCUGAUACUUCUACCGGCGGGCCGUUUGAGCAAAUCGAGAGAGGGAAUCGUGCCAUAUCUACCAAAACAAGCCGCAGGGCACUUGAUUACUCAAGACGCAUCAUGUCAAAUAUUCCCGGACUGGGUGGCACCUACGCUGUCAUACUACGAUUUAGACCGGUCGAAACGCCCAAUACUCGGUGAUGCAGCAGUGUUCGGGAAGGCAGAUCAAUGCAGCUCGGCUAGAUCAAGACUAGACGUCUACACGCCUUCGCAGCUUCACAACUUCACUAAAGUCAAAUGGGGCCAGCUUCAGCAUCGUUGCGUAUCUGGUGGACAUGGACCAAAUGAGGGCUAUCUGAACAAUGUACGGGAGAUCUGGCAGCAACCACCGAAGUUUACAUCUACCGAAGAGGAAGACGAGAGAAAUCAUCAUUCGAAUCAACCAGAGCGCACGGCGAUAGUAUUGCGGACCUGGGACAACUAUCAGUAUACCGAAGCCCGACUUGUAUGGCUGCGUGCUCUUAUUUCCGAGACGUCGCUCCAUUCUCAUGGGCAUUUCCAGGUGUUUUUCUUAGUUAACAUCAAGGAAGGGAACGUGCAACUAGAAGAAGACACAGUUGCUUAUGAGCAACUGCUCCAACAAUCCGUCCCCAUGGAAUUCCGCGAUAUGGCUCUCUUAUACAACGAACGUACGUUGAGGAAGUGGUAUCCAAAAGUUGAGGAACAUCGCGCACAGGACCAGAUGUAUCAGGCCUUGCAGAUAUUCUCCCACCAGUUUGCACAAUUCGACUUUAUCUGGCAACUAGAAAUGGACCUUCGAGUUACAGGCCAUAUGUACGAUACUUUGACAUCGGCUACCGCCUUUGCAGUGGACCAGCCGCGUCGCAAUCUGUGGUCUCGAAACGGCCGUUUCUACCUUCCAGAACUUUUUGACUAUUCCUAUCAGAAGUUCGCCAUAUCUGUCGACUCUGAACAAAGUAGUUCAGAGGUCUGGGGCCCAGUGCACACUACUGAUUUUACUCCCAAAGGACCACCUGUGCGGACAAAGGAGGACUCCACGUGGGGUGUUGGUGAGCAGGCGGACCUGAUCAGUUUCAUGCCCCUGAUUGACCCCAUUGGUACGGAUUGGAUUUACGAAGAUAGUGUUCACGGUUUUGCCGAUGGUUUAGCCACACCCAGAAGAGCGUCGUUUGUGAGCAUGACCCGAUCAUCUCGGUCCUUGCUGCGUUUGGUUCACCAAGCACAGCGAGAACGCGGCCAGUGGGUUGUCAGCGAAGCUACUUUAGAAACCUUUGCCCUGCUGCAUGGCCUAAAAGCGGUCUUUGUACCUCACCCCGUUUCAUUUACAAGCAACAUAACAGCGCAGGAGCUUGACGAAGCCAUACAUCGAGGACCUCAACAUAGUAAAGCCGGUGGCAAAAGCCCCUCUCUUCUAUACACUAAGCAUGGAUACGUGGAUGGUCCUUGGCCGGCGUCCAGUUACUGGUGGUCUGGGAAUGACGCCGAGAAGAUAUGGCAUGCAUAUCUACAAGGCGAAUGUUUGCCACCCAUGUUUCUCCAUCCAGUGAAAGAUGAGAACAGUUAG